AUGGGGGUUGGCGGGCGGAAGCACGGGGCCGCCGUUGUCCAGGCUACCGUCACCGGGUCAGUGACUGAACAGAGGAACAAUGAGGAAGUCACCUUUAACUGCUCUGUGUCAACUCCUACCAUCUGCAAACAUACAGUGGUGUGGCUGUAUGACGGCAAAAAGAAAAUAUCUUCAGACAAGAACACAUCAACUCUCUGCUCAGCAUCUCUCACAAUCCCAUCAUCUCAGCUCAAUCAUUCUAAGUUUUAUGAGUUAUUAAAGUGCAAAGUUACAGCUGUUUAUGAUAGAAAAUACGAACUGUUCACCUUCAGCCAUCAGUCAUCAGGAGAGAAAACAGUUAAUAAUACAACUACUGUCUUCAUUAACACAAACGAAUCAACAUCUACAGAAGAAUCAACAUUAGCUACAGUAACUAAAUCAGAGACAACAGAGUCCGUUUUUUCAUCAAACGAUGCAUUUCCAACAUCGGUUACUCCAACAACAACCCGACUUACCAAAAUGAGUCGAACUAAAUCCCGAGGUUGGAUUUGGUGGACUUCUAUGUUUUCUGUGGUGUUAGCAGGACUCAUAAUAACUGUGAUAGUAACCAUCAGGUUACGGAAAACUAAAGGAAAUACGAGGGAACCUGAAGAAAGAGCUGAGGUUGACCCUGUGAAGAAUGUUUAUACAUAUAUCACCUUCUCCAAGAAUUCCAAGAAGAAGAAAAGCAAGCCUGCAGCUCCAGUCCCUAACCCGGUCAUUUACAGCACCCUGCAACCUUUUUCUCCAGCAGAAUCUCCUUACUCUACUGUGUUCUAAAGACUUUUUUUUUCUUCUAUCGAUAACAGAAAUAUUACCCAGUAUAUUCUUUUAUAUGCAUGUUGUAGAUCUGAAUCUUGCACUAAAGUUCUAGAUCAGGGUUCUGCAGCCUGUGGCUCUGGAGCUGCAAGUGGCUCUUUGGACCGUCUACAAUAUUUUAUAGAAAUGUAAAAAAGAAUAUAAAGAGAAACUGAGAGUUUUGAAUAUUUUAUAUUAGCAAAUACCAUAUUCAGAAGCUUUUUCUUUAUUUAAAUUAUAUUUUCCCAACAGAUGACAUAGAAAACAAACAGGAAUAUGUUUUUAAUUCUCUAUUUCUUGUCAUUCACUUUGAAAGGAUGUGCUUAUUUUUUUUUACAUAAAAUAAUAUCCUAUUAAUCAAAAUUCAUGCUUCUUCUUCAUGAAAUGUUUAUAGUUUUCUUCUAUA